AGUUCAAUGCAUUUUAUCCUCGACAAUUUAAAAUGUACCCUUAAAGUGUUUUGAUAGUUAAUAACGGCAGAUUUCGAUCACGAGUCUGCAUUGUUGUCAUUGUGAAUUUAUGCCAUAUUGCUUUUCAUCGUGGCUCAUCACAAAACUAAACAGUAUAAAGUUCAGCACACGGGAUUGGAUGCACGAUUGACACUGGAGGGCAGGGCAGUAAUAAUCAUCAUGACUAUUAACUGUGACUAUUGUCCAAACUUGCUUCUGGGAUUUACACACUAUUGUGCCAUUUCACAAUGACUAAGCACAGGCUUUCACGUCCCUCCCAUUAGUUCAACUGCUAUGUUCACCGGGGGUGUUGGCUUCCUGGUUAUGGAGAUAUUAAGCCCGUUGACUCGCCUGCGAGCACCUCUUCUUUCCCUUGGGCUAUCGCUGUCUUCUCCUAAAAUCUUCUUCCGCACCAUGGCGUCUGAAUCGGUUAAGCGUUAUGAUUUCCUGGUGAUAGGCGGAGGAUCCGGAGGAUUGGCAGGAGCACGGCGGGCGGCUGAACUCGGUGCAACCGCCGCCGUGAUCGAAAGUCACAAACUUGGAGGUACCUGCGUGAAUGUUGGUUGUGUUCCAAAAAAGAUCAUGUGGAAUGCAUCAUCCCAUGCAGAGUAUAUCCAUGAUCAUGAAGACUAUGGCUUUGAAGGAGCAAAAGCACAUUUUAACUGGCAACUUAUUAAACGCAAAAGGGAUGCCUAUGUCAGUCGCCUCAAUCAGAUUUACCAGAACAACCUUGACAAGGGCAAAAUUGAAAGCAUUCAUGGCUAUGCAAGGUUCACUGAUGACCCUGAACCCACUGUUGAAGUCAAUGGAAAGAAAUACACUGCACAACAUAUAUUAAUCGCCACUGGUGGACAUCCGUCCAAUGUCAGUGAGAAUGAUGUGCCAGGAGCUGGUUUUGGCAUUUCCAGUGAUGGAUUCUUUGAACUCGAGUCCUGCCCUAAACGUAGUGUCAUAGUUGGAGCAGGGUAUAUUGCAGUGGAGAUGGCUGGUAUCCUUUCCACACUAGGGUCCAAAACGUCUAUCAUCAUUCGGCAAGACAGGGUAUUAAGGAACUUUGAUGCCUUGAUAAGCUCAAAUUGCACCAAAGAAUUGCAAAAUCAUGGUAUUGACUUACGGAAAAAUUCUCAGGUAAGAUCAGUGGAAAAGACUGAUAAAGGCCUCACUGUUACACUGGUAACAAAGGAUCCUCACGAAAAGGAUGGACAGGAAAAAUCUGACACCAUUCAGGAGGUGGACUGUCUGCUGUGGGCUAUCGGCAGGGAACCCAACACUGCUGGCCUCAACCUCAGUCAAAUAGGUGUGAAGCUUGAUGAAAGAGGACACAUUGUGGUGGAUGAGUUCCAGAACACCACUCGUCCAGGCAUAUACGCUGUUGGGGAUGUUUGUGGGAAGGCACUUCUUACACCUGUUGCUAUUGCUGCUGGCAGAAAGCUCGCUCACCGACUGUUUGAAGGCCAAGCAGACUCCAAAAUUGAUUAUAAUAAUAUCCCGACUGUUGUGUUCAGCCACCCACCUAUUGGAACAGUGGGAUUAACUGAAGAUGAAGCAAUUAAGAGCUGGGGAAAGGACAAUGUGAAGGUUUAUACCACCUCUUUCACUCCUAUGUACCAUGCCAUCACCACAAAAAAGUCUCUGUGCAUCAUGAAGUUGGUGUGUGCAGGAAAAGAUGAAAAGGUGGUUGGUCUCCAUAUGCAGGGUCUUGGCUGUGAUGAGAUGCUUCAGGGUUUUGCCGUGGCCAUUAACAUGGGGGCUACUAAAGCAGACUUUGACAAAACCAUUGCCAUACACCCUACAUCCUCAGAGGAGCUAGUUACAUUGCGCUAACCAGGAUCAUUGUUAACCACUUUAUAUCAAUCAAAACAAUAAAGCAAUCAUUUAGGGCAAUUGUCCUAACAUCUAAAUAGCAGAAAACUAUAACUUGUUUUGUUCCUGGACUCAUAUAUUAUCGGCAAUGGUUAAUACAUGAAGAUUAUAUUAUUGUACCCCAUUGCCCUGAUGUCUCAUAGCACUUGGGUAAGUGCUGAGGGUAUUGUUUGGACCAGUGUUUAUGAUGGGUUGAUUAUGUUUAAAAUCUCCAACAUUUUGUGAAGGAUGGAUUCAGAGUUGCAUUUUGUAUGGGUGGGUAGUAGGUAGUGAUUGCUCAAUAUGUGGCAAACUUAAUUGUAAACAUGUUUAAAAGAAAAAUAUAUUUGUGUGAUUAAUAGUUAAUUUCUGUUUACGGAUUUUUAAUAAAUAUCGUUUUUCUUAAA